CGGCCGCGGUGGCGCUCUCCGGCAGCGUCUCGCCGCUUGCCCGCGGGGCCCGCGAUCGCCCGCCGCCUUCGCCUUCGCUCCCGGCUGGCGGGGGCGCCGUCCUCCCGGGCCGUCCGCGUCGCUGCCCCGGGCCCGGUAGAGCGCGACAGGCGGGGCCGCCGCGGGGGCCAUGACCGUGGAGCAGAAUGUGCUGCAGCAGAGCGCGGCGCAGAAGCACCAGCAGACAUUUUUGAAUCAGCUGAGAGAAAUUACUGGGAUUAAUGAUGCUCAGAUACUCCAACAAGCCCUGAAGGAUAGUAAUGGAAACUUGGAAUUAGCAGUAGCCUUCCUCACUGCAAAGAAUGCCAAGACGCCCCCACAGGAGGAGACUGGCUAUUACCAGACAGCACUUCCAGGCAACGACAGGUACAUCAGUGUCGGGAGCCAAGCAGACGCAAAUGUAAUUGAUCUCACUGGAGAUGACAAAGAUGAUCUUCAGAGAGCAAUUGCUUUGAGUUUGGCGGAAUCAAACAGGGCAUUCAGGGAGACUGGCAUAACUGAUGAAGAGCAAGCCAUCAGUAGAGUUCUUGAAGCCAGCAUAGCAGAAAAUAAAGCCUGUAUGAAGAGAACACCUAUAGAGGUUUGGAGGGAUUCUCGAAACCCUUAUGACAGAAAAAGACAAGAUAAAGCUCCAGUCGGUCUGAAGAACGUCGGCAACACCUGCUGGUUUAGUGCAGUUAUUCAGUCAUUAUUCAAUCUUUUGGAAUUUAGAAGAUUAGUUCUGAAUUACAAGCCUCCAUCAAAUGCUCAAGAUUUACCCCGAAACCAAAAGGAACAUCGAAAUUUGCCCUUUAUGCGGGAAUUGAGGUAUCUGUUUGCACUUCUUGUUGGUACCAAGCGGAAAUAUGUUGAUCCAUCUAGAGCAGUUGAGAUUCUGAAGGAUGCCUUCAAAUCAAAUGACUCACAGCAGCAAGAUGUGAGUGAGUUUACACACAAGUUAUUGGAUUGGUUGGAAGAUGCCUUCCAAAUGAAAGCUGAAGAGGAAACGGAUGAAGAGAAGCCAAAGAACCCUAUGGUAGAGUUGUUCUACGGAAGAUUCCUAGCCAUGGGAGUGCUUGAAGGAAAAAAAUUUGAAAACACUGAAAUGUUUGGUCAGUAUCCACUUCAGGUCAAUGGAUUCAAAGACCUGCAUGAGUGUCUGGAGGCUGCGAUGAUUGAAGGGGAGAUCGAAUCCUUACACUCGGAUAAUUCAGGAAAAUCAGGCCAGGAGCAUUGGUUCACUGAAUUGCCACCUGUAUUAACAUUUGAGCUCUCAAGAUUUGAAUUUAAUCAGGCAUUGGGAAGACCAGAAAAAAUUCACAAUAAACUAGAAUUUCCCCAAGUUUUAUAUCUGGACAGGUAUAUGCACAGAAACAGAGAAAUAACAAGAAUUAAACGUGAAGAGAUCAAGAGACUUAAAGAUUACCUCACAGUGUUACAACAGAGAUUAGAGAGAUAUUUAAGCUAUGGUUCCGGUCCCAAGAGAUUCCCAUUGGUAGAUGUUCUACAGUAUGCAUUGGAGUUUGCCUCCAGUAAACCUGUUUGCACCUCUCCUGUUGAUGAUAUAGAUGCUAGUUCCUCAACGAGUGGCUCCAUACCCUCACAGUCAUUACCAAGCACAACAGAACAGCAGGGAGCCCCUGCUUCAGACCUGCCCAGCUCAUCACCUGCAUCAGGUGCUGCUCUGUCUUUGAGGUCAGUGAUCCACAAGCCCUUCACUCAGUCUCGGAUACCUCCAGAUUUGCCCAUGCAUCCGGCACCGAGGCACAUCACAGAGGAGGAACUGUCUGUGCUGGAGAGCUGUUUACAUCGCUGGAGGACAGAAAUAGAAAAUGACACACGAGAUCUGCAGGAAAGCAUAUCCAGAAUCCAUCGAACAGUUGAACUUAUGUACUCUGACAAAUCCAUGAUCCAAGUCCCUUACCGCCUCCAUGCUGUCUUAGUUCAUGAAGGCCAGGCUAAUGCCGGCCACUACUGGGCAUACAUCUUUGACCAUCAUGAGAGCCGGUGGAUGAAGUACAAUGAUAUUGCUGUGACCAAGUCAUCAUGGGAAGAACUAGUGAGGGACUCUUUUGGUGGUUAUAGAAAUGCCAGUGCAUACUGCUUAAUGUACAUAAAUGACAAGGCACAAUUCUUAAUACAAGAGGAGUUUAAUAAAGAGACUGGUCAGGCCCUUGUUGGAAUGGAAACGUUGCCUCCAGACUUGAGAGAUUUUGUUGAGGAGGACAACCAGCGCUUUGAGAAGGAGCUGGCAGACUGGGACACACAGCUCGCCCAGCGAGCACUGCAAGAAAAGCUCCUAGCUGCUCAGAAACUGAGGGAAGCGGAGUCCUCUGCGACCACAGCACAAGCAGGCGGACCAGACUAUCUAGAGCAGCCAUCAAGAAGUGACUUGUCAAAGCAGUGGAAAGAAGAAACUCUCCGAGUGAUUGCCAAGGCAUCACAUGAUCAUGAAGAUAAAGGGCCAGAGACAGUUUUGCAGUCGGCAAUUAAAUUAGAGUAUUCAAGGCUGGUUAAGUUGGCCCAAGAAGAUACUCCACCAGAAACAGAUUAUCGUUUACAUCAUGUCCUGGUCUACUUUAUCCAGAACCAGGCGCCAAAGAAAAUCAUUGAGAAAACAUUACUCGAACAAUUUGGAGAUAGAAAUUUGAGUUUUGAUGAAAGGUGUCACAACAUAAUGAAAGUUGCCCAAGCCAAAUUGGAAAUGAUCAAACCCGAAGAAGUGAACUUGGAGGAAUAUGAGGAGUGGCAUGCAGAUUAUAAGAAAUUCAGAGAAACAACUAUGUAUCUCAUAAUUGGACUAGAAAACUUUCAGAGAGAUAGUUAUAUAGACUCCUUGCUGUUCCUUAUCUGUGCUUACCAGAAUAACAAAGAGCUCUUGUCCAAGGGUCCAUACAGAGGGCAUGAUGGGGAGCUGAUAUCACAUUACAGAAGAGAGUGUUUACUGAAAUUAAAUGAGCAAGCGGCAGAGCUGUUCGAGUCUGGAGAGGACCGAGAAGUGAGCAAUGGCUUAAUUAUUAUGAAUGAGUUUAUCGUUCCCUUUCUGCCCUUGUUGCUGGUGGAUGAAAUGGAAGAGAAAGACAUCCUUGCCGUGGAGGACAUGAGGAAUCGUUGGUGUUCGUACCUGGGGCAAGAAAUGGAAUCAAACCUCCAAGAAAAGCUGACGGAUUUUCUGCCAAAACUGCUUGAUUGUUCUACAGAGAUUAAAGGUUUCCACGAGCCACCAAAGUUACCUGCCUAUUCUGCGCAUGAACUCUGUGAGCGAUUCGCCCGAAUCAUGUUGUCCCUCAGUCGUACACCUGCUGAUGGAAGAUAAACUGCCCGGAUUUCCCGCGGUCACCAUAGAAACUCUGUUCUCUCACCCCGGUUUCCUGCCGCGGGGAUUGCUUGCUGCUGCUAGAGUUUUUAACUUUUUAUUUUAAUAACUGCAAAAGACAAAACGACUAUGCCGACCUUAGCCAAGACUGCAAACAAUAAACCCGAGAAUCGCAUGGCAUUCACCUUCUUUUAUCCGAAAUCGAUGUAUAAUUACAAAUGAAUUGAUUUCUUGUGGCAAAACUAUACUUUUGCUGCCUUCUAUUGCAGUAUUUCCUCUCAGUUUUCUUUACGAACAGCUUUCCAUUUAGUCUGGAACUUCCACGACUAAGCCAUUAAGUGUUCAGCACUGUGUAUGAUACAUAAUAUUUGGUAGCUUGUAAGUGAAAUCAAAGAAUAAAGUUUUAUUUAUGGCUACCUAUGUGUUUGUAAGCAGGUAUAUUGUAUAAUGGUGUGUAUUUUAGUUAUAUACAUGAGUUUAGUCAUGGGGUUGGCACUGGGUGAUGCAUACAAUAAUAGCCCUUUUGUGUUAGUAUAAUAAUGGAACCAUAUUGGAAAUGUACUAAGUAUUUAGCACUUCAGUGUGUCUAUAUCAACUAAGUUCUUGGACCUAAACAUAUGUUUAGUCAGAUUUCACUAAAGUGAGUGACUGGGUUUUAAGUCAAGCUGCAGUGAAACUUUUAACCUUUACUUAGAUUAAACGUUUGUUCUUUUAUGUAUGUGUAAAUAAUACAAGGUGAUUAUUUCAAGAGAAACCUGAAAAAGUACUUGAAUAAGGGCUAUUGUGAAAUUUAAAAAGAAAAACAAAUGUGCACAUAUACACACAUACAUGCACAUACAUGUAUUCUUCAUAAUGGAGGGCAAUGUUUUUCAUUAUAUAAUUAUUCUAUUUUUGUAAAUUAUAUACUACUUUAAUUGAGAAAUGUCCUCUACUAAUCAAUGCUGUGAAAUGAAAUUGAUACUGUUCAACUAGGGAUUAUAAGAAUCUUAACUUUUUAUUUGCCUCCUUUUUUUUUUCCAAAAAAAGGUAAAAGACAUAGACUAUUUUAUGAAUGGAACUACUGUUUUAAGAUCAAUGAAGUGAUGUUGCGAAUGAAAAUCUAGAUUCAUGCUUUGAAGGUAAUCAUGUUACCACCAAUCUAUUUUUGAAUUUAUAAAAAUUCUUUAUAACUGAUACUUUGUUAGCAUAGUAAAAUAUAUCCUUAUGC